AUGAAUAUCACUUCCGCCAUGGUGCUUUUACUGAACAAGAAGGAGAAUCGGCAUUGCCUUGAACGGUUCAGGGAGGACGUAAAGAAGAUGGAGCCGACCUUUGAAAACCACGUCUUCCUGCCGGAACGUUGGGUCGCAGGCGAUCCAUUGGCGGCCUCCAAGUUUGCAAAGUCUACAUUCCAUCCAUUUGGGCUCGGAAGACAUAUUUGUUUGGGAUAUUCUUUGGCAAAAGUAGCAAUGGCAGCGAAUUUCUACUGCUUUGCUAGAAAGGAAAAUCGAAUCAUUUCAUUUGAUGAAGACAAGGUGAUAUUUGAAAAUAAACUCAUUCCAGAGAAGGGGAUCAAGGAUCAUUUUCCUGGGACAGUUGUACUCGAAGACUAG